CUAUCUAGCUUGUCUGCUGCGCCGUUAAGUCUAACCAUUAUUUAACCUAACCGACUCAUAUAAUUCAAAAGACCCCAAACGCCAUUCAAUAUCCACCUUCUCGCCCUAGACACUAUCAAAGAAGAAAAGCCAACCAUAAUACGUAACCGUUAAUCGGCGCAUUUCUUCUUCGAUCUGAGUUCCAGAGUGAAAGAUGGGAGUUCCGGCGUUCUAUAGAUGGCUUGCGGAGAAAUAUCCUAUGGUGAUUGUCGACGCCGUCGAAGAGGAACCGGUUGUAAUCGAAGGUGUUUCAAUCCCUAUUGAUACCAGUAAAGAAAACCCUAACAACAUCGAAUAUGAUAAUCUUUAUCUUGAUAUGAAUGGAAUCAUUCAUCCUUGCUUCCAUCCAGAAGAUAGGCCCUCACCGACGUCUUUUGAGGAGGUGUUUCAGUUGAUGUUUGAUUAUAUUGAUAGGCUGUUUAACAUGGUGCGGCCACGGAAGCUGCUCUUUAUGGCUAUUGACGGUGUUGCACCGAGGGCUAAAAUGAAUCAACAGCGGUCUAGGCGGUUUAGGGCGGCUAAAGAUGCAACUGAUGCGGCUGCUGAAGAAUCAAGGUUAAGGGAGGAAUUUGAGAGAGAGGGAAGAAAGCUUCCUCCUAAAGAAGAGUCACAAACUUUCGAUUCAAAUGUAAUCACACCUGGAACUGAAUUCAUGGCUGUUUUGUCUAUUGCACUUCAGUACUAUAUUCAUCUUAGGUUGAAUAAUGAUCCCGGUUGGACAAAUAUCAAGGUUAUUCUUUCUGAUGCAAAUGUUCCUGGUGAAGGGGAGCAUAAGAUUAUGUCCUAUAUUCGCCUUCAAAGAAAUCUUGAGGGAUGUGAUCCGAAUACACGACAUUGCCUGUAUGGUUUGGAUGCUGAUUUGAUUAUGUUGGGUCUUGCUACUCAUGAAGUUCAUUUUUCAAUUCUUAGAGAGGUUGUAUUUACUCCUGGACAAGAUAAAUGCUUCGUGUGCGGUCAGAUGGGUCAUAUGGCUGCAGACUGUCAAGGAAAGGCAAGAAAGAAAGCAGGAGAAUUUGAUGAAAAAGGCAAUGCUGUUGUUCCUAAAAAGCCGUUCCAGUUUCUGAACAUCUGGACUCUGAGGGAAUAUCUGGAGUACGAGAUGAGAAUACCUAAUCCUCCAUUUGAGAUUGAUUUUGAAUGCAUAUUGGAUGAUUUUAUCUUCAUAUGCUUUUUUGUUGGCAAUGAUUUUUUACCACAUAUGCCUACACUUGAGAUUCGCGAGGGUGCAAUUAACUUGCUGAUGGCAGUAUACAAGAAGGAAUUUAGCGAAAUGGGUGGUUAUUUGACAAAUGGUAGUAAGCCAAAUUUGAGCAGGGUGGAGCAUUUUAUUCAGGCUGUUGGAUCAUAUGAAGAUAGAAUAUUCCAGAAAAGAGGUCGAUUGCAUCAGCGACAAGUGGAAAGAAUCAAGCGUCAGAAGGCACAAGUAAGAGGAGAUGAUGCUGCGCCUCAAGUUCAACCUGAAUCUGUAGUUGCAGUCUCAAGAUUCCACGGUUCUCGUCUUGCUUCAGCUCCAGCACCUUCACCAUUUCAACAUUCUGGGCAUCAUGAUUCACAUAUGUCCCCAUCAGCUAGAAAAGGCGAUAAAGAAGUUCUUGAGAGGCCCAGUAAAGUUUCUAGGUUAUCUUCAGGAACAUCUGUUGCUGCUGCUAUUGUUGAAGCUGAGAAUAGUCUUGAAAUAGAUGUUGAAGAUAACAAAGACGAAUUGAAAACAAAACUGAAAAGUAUACUUCGUGAUAAAUCUGAUGUAUUCAACUCAAAAGUUUCCCACGUGGACAAGAUUAAAUUGGGAGAACCAGGCUGGAAAGAGAGGUAUUAUGAAGAAAAAUUUUCUGCUCACACUCCCGAGGAACUUGAUGCUAUACGGAAAGAUGUUGUCUUGAAAUACACUGAAGGUCUAUGUUGGGUGAUGCAUUAUUAUUAUGAAGGUGUUUGUUCUUGGCAAUGGUUUUAUCCUUAUCAUUAUGCCCCCUUUGCGUCAGAUCUUAAGGACCUUGGUGAGCUUAAUAUUAACUUUCAGUUGGGUACUCCAUUCAAACCAUUUGACCAGCUUCUUGGAGUUUUUCCGGCUGCAAGCUCUCAUGCUCUGCCUGAGCCAUAUAGGAAACUUAUGACUGAUCCAGACUCACCCAUUAUUGAUUUUUAUCCAAUCGAUUUUGAAGUGGACAUGAAUGGCAAACGCUUUGCUUGGCAGGGUAUAGCAAAGUUGCCGUUUAUUGAUGAAGUCCGUCUUCUUGAGGAAGUUCGGAAAAUAGAGAACUUGUUAACACCAGAGGAAAAACGACGAAAUGCAAUAAUGUUCGAAUUACUUUUUGUGAAUUCAUGUCAUCCUCUCUCUGCGUGCAUUAGUACACUCGACAACAAAUGUAGAAACAUGUCUAACAUUGAACGUGCUGAUGUCAAGGAAAAAAUCGAUCCCAUAGAAAGGGAUACAUGCAGUGGUGGAAUGAAUGGUUACAUAUCCUUAUGUGGUGGAGAACCUUGCCCUCCCAUCUUCAGGUCCCCUGUAGCAGGCAUGGAUGACAUCAUGGAUAAUCAUGUCAUAUGUGCAAUAUAUAGACUUCCAGAUGUGCAUGAGCAUAUUACCCGACCGCCACAUGGAGUUAUAUUUCCAACAAAGAUUGUGACGAUUGGGGAUCUAAAACCUGAACCUGCUCCAUGGCAUGAAGAUCCUGGUAGGAGAUUUGGGGAAAGUGGAAGGAAAAACCCUCCAGGAUCUAUUUCCGGCCGGGAGCUUGGAGCGGCAGCACACAGGCUUGUUGUGAAUUCUUUACCGGGCAGGCCAGAUAGGUACCGUCUCAUCAAUGGAAUGCCUAAUGAUGCACCAAUGGUUCAUAGGCAACCACGCCCUCACAAUAACUAUGAACCUCCUCACAAUAACUAUGAACCUCCUCACAAUAACUAUGAACCUGCUCACAAUAACUAUGAACCACACCCUGGCUAUAAUUAUGAAUCACACCCAGGAUAUGCGGCAAUGCCACCCCUGCCUUUAUCAGCUCCUCAGCCGUUUGUACCUUACGCUUCUGUCUCUACUGCACAUUACGGUUAUAACCAACCAUACUCACGGCCGAUAGUGCCCAGUCCUUAUCAUCAUCAUCAAUCAAAUUCCUUUGCGGGAAAUGACUAUCAACAUCCUAGAUCACAUCAAUAUGAAAGAAAUACCCAUGUUAAUGGCGGCAAUGCAAGGCAUUCGUCAGGAAACCAUCAAAAUCCUCAGUUUACAAAUGCACAAGGUUCAUUUCCCAGUCACAGUCACCAUCACGAUGCUGGUCGCCAUAGCCAAAACUUCCAACCGCAUAGAGCUUCUGACCAGCAUUGGACUCCACGGGGUAACCCUAAUGGGCACAGGGAAUAUACUCAACAUUCGGCUAAUAAUUAUUCUGUAUUAGAUAGAAGAUCAAGUAGGAAGCCAAUGCCACCACCUAAUCGCUAAUAAAUUAUCGUUUCUAGGGAAUGUUAUACCGGGAAUGUUAUACCCGACGUAAUAUUAACAUUGUUGUACCAUAUAUUUUUUCCGCCCAUUAAGAUGGGCUUUUUGAGAGUGUACUAGUAAUUUCUUUUCACCUUCGGAACAUACGACAGUAGAGGCAAUACCCUUCUAAUUGAAAUGAACAAUUGCUAAAUACUUGACCCAUGUUUGAUAAGACUAUUCAAAUUUGUAGGUGCUUUGAUUGUUA